GCGCGCGCCUGCCUGCCUGCCUCCUCCUGCUGCUGCCUGGGGACCAUCGUGGCUUUGAGGCGUGGAAUACAGUAGCGAUGAAAUGUGGUCUGAUGGACGAUAUGACUAUGAAAGAGUUCCAAGAGAACGAGUACCUCCACGAAGUCACCCCAGUGAUGGCUGCCCUAGAGUAGUUAAUUUUGUGCCAAAGAAAACGCCACUGCUAGAGAGACCUGAUGAAGGAAACUACAAUAGAUGUUACAGUCAUGCUGAUUACCGAGACUAUGACGAGGGCCGCAGUUUUUCUCAUGAUCGAAGAAGUGGUCCACCUCACAGAGGAGAUGAAUCUGGCUAUCGGUGGACAAGAGAUGAUCAUUCUGCAGGCCGACAACCUGAAUACAGGGACUCGAGAGAUGGCGUUAGAAGAAAAGCUUUCUACUCUUCCCAUUAUGUGAGAGAUCGAUCUCCUCAUAAAAGAGACAGUUCUUUUUUCAGAGACUCUCCUGUAGGCCGAAAAGAUUCUCCACGUAGCAGAUCUGGCUCCAGUAGUAGAAGCUAUUCUCCAGAAAGAAGUAAAACGUAUUCUUUUCAUCAGUCUCAACACAGAAAGUCCAUGCGUGAUGAUGCCUCCUACAAAAGACAGAAAGAAGGAAAACCAGAAAGAGGUAAAGAGAGAACUGUUCAGUCUUCGAAAACAUCAAGAGAUACUUCACCCUCAACUUCUUCAGCAGUUUCUUCAUCAAAGGUGUCAGAAAAGCCCACUAGGCUAACUGAAAAGGAACUUGCUGAAGCUGCUAGCAAGUGGGCUAGUGAAAAGCUAGAGAAGGCAGAUGAGAGUAAUUUACCUGAAAUUUCUGAGUAUGGGGCAGUCUCCACAGCACCAUUGUUCAUUGAUCAUCCAGAGGAACCCGAGUCAAAUGUAGCAGAUGGCAUACAAUUAUUUGAGGACAGUCAACUAACAAGUCGCUCUAAAGCAAUAGCAUCAAAAACCAAGGAAAUUGAACAGGUUUACCGUCAAGAUUGUGAAACUUUCGGGAUGGUUGUGAAAAUGCUAAUUGAAAAAGAUCCUUCAUUAGAAAAGUCUAUACAGUUUGCCUUGAGACAGAAUUUACAUGAAAUAGGUGAGCGGUGUGUUGAAGAACUCAAGCAUUUUAUUGCUGAGUAUGACACCUCUAGUCAAGAUUUUGGCGAGCCUUUUUAGAUUAUUUGUUGGGGGUGAGGAAUAAAAGUUUCUAGGUUCUCCCCUCCAUUUUGUAAAUUCGAAUAUGUGGAAUAUUUGUGAUGAAAAUAUAUGCUUUGAUAGUUGACCACAUUUCCAUGUCAAAUAAACAUCUAAAAUAGUCCGUUUAAAAUAGAUUAAAUUUUUUAAUCUACAGAGAUCUUUCUGAUACAUACUUAACUGCCCCUUCCCCCUAAAAUGAUGGGUCAGUUAGUCUUUUCAAGGUUGGAAGUCCUGGAGAACAGUUUUUUUGUAUUACUGCUGUUCUGUAGUCUUCCUUAGUGUUAGAUCAUUUUAUUUGAUCACACUAGUGUUAAUUUGUAAGUAAGAAAUCAUUACAUCUAAACAGUCUUUUUUUUCAUAGUCAAUCAAACCUUGUUAAAAAUGUUAGAAUUCUGAAUUUUGAUAAAUUUUACUUGUUGCUUGCAUAUCUUAGGUUUUUUAUCUUUUGAAAUGCUAACGUAUACUAUCCAAAUAAAUGCAUUAUUUUGCUACCUUAGAUAGAUUUUGUUU